AUGGGCUUCACAGAGGAUCCGUACCAUCUCCCCCCCGAUAAGUUCCCUCUGUACACCUGGGAAUUGAAUGAAACGAGCACGAGAUGGGAUUAUCUCCGAGCCUCCCCCGAUGAAAGCACUCGCCGAAUCCACUGGACUAUCUGGUCCAUCCUGCUAUUUUUCGUGUCGGGUAUCAUCUUCCUGGUCUUUUUCUCGGUGAUCCUAUCUCCCAUUCGAAGGAAUUCGUUCAAUCUGUAUCUGGUAUACCUCAUGGUCCCCGAUUUGGUCUUCUCCUUUGGUUGCAUGAUCAUGUGCAUCCUCAACGCCACCAAGGGCGACUAUUGGAGCAUACCCAUGUGUUACGCUCAAUCCGUCAUUUUCAUUUUUGGCGUGGCCGGCAAUGCCUGGAUGAAUGCUGUCAUUGCCUACAAGCUCUACGAAAUGCUCUCCUUUUCCCAAGAUUUUCGGAGAUUCAAGCCGCCCACGCGAAAGCAAGUCACGCAGCAAGCUUUGGCUGUCUAUGCCUAUGCACUCUUUGUGGCUUCCUGGGGUGUCUACGAUACCGAUUGGUGGCCCCACAAAUCCAUGAUUAUGAAUGGGAAUGCCUGUGUACCGGUGGAAUACGACACGGCUUCGACCGUCUUUUUUUGGGUCGUCUUCACUCCUGCGGCCAUUGGAUUGCCCAUGAUAUACGUCUGUUACGUCCUAUUCACGGUAUGGCGGCGUGGAUUGAUGCCACCGGCAGGGCGAAGACGCACAAUAUCCAUAUACUUUUUUCGAUUGGCCGUCGUGUUUGCACUCUUGUGGUUCCCCGCUCUAUUUCUGUUGUAUAUGAUUGGACAUGUCGUACCCAAAUGGGGUGGAUGGAGCGGCGGGACUUGGUCACAUAUGCAAGGAGCCGUAUCGGCCAUUGUGAGUAUCAUGAAACCAGAUAUUCAUCAAGCCGUCAAAGAUUUGAGACUGAAUAUCAGCAGGGACGUGCAGGAACAGGCCGAGCAAGACACUUCCGACCAGUUGAAUCGUCUACCCGCUAUUACAGAUGCAGAGUCGACCAAGUCAGCACAACACGAGUCUGCAUUCGAACCGAAUGCUACGGAAGAAGCGCUGGGAAAGAAGACGGGAGACGAAGAAGGCCCAGUGUCACUAUUCGGCAGAACGACAACUACGUCUUGUAUCGGCAAUAGCACCAACGACGAAAAUGUUCAUCAAGAGCAGCAGGUCAAAGACGUUGACGACGACAACCGUAGCUGUCAUUCCGAACAGCUUGUUUGGGAUUCAGAAUGGGAAUGA